AUGGCCAAAAAUGUGGAAUCGAAGGCAAGCUGUACUACAAUUAGUGCCAUGUACGAUCAAGUUAAAACUGUGUCGGAAAAAAAUAUACAGGAAAUCCAAAAAGUGAAAAAAUCUGCAAAUAAACCUGCGAACAAUGAGAAAGUAACAUAUUUUGAAAAAUCCAUUAAUGAACUGAUAGUAGGUAAAGCUAAACUCACUAAGAGCGUAACUAAGCUGAGAUGGAGAUCAAUGAAGUACAACCUCGUGUUCAGUGGACUUUAUGUGGAACCUAACGAAAAUACUGAAGCCAAUCUUCGUUGUUUUUUACACGAGCAACGCGGAAUUGACAAAGUUGAGUUAGAUAACACUCACCGAUUUGGUAAGGAUGUUCGCAAAAGGCCUCGCCCGAUUGUCGCGAGAUUCCUGUUUAAUCAUGAGAGAGCUAAUGUGCUUAAAAACGCCCGACAUCUCAAAGGUACUCAGCACUAUAUUAAUGAACAUUUUCCCACUGAUAUUGAGGAAAUACGAGGUACACUCUAUGCCAUUAUUAGGGAACUGCGACAGCAAGGGAAAAGUGUUAAAUCAGUCCGUGACCGUCUCAUAAGCAAUGGUAAAUGCUAUACAGACCCUGCCGUUGGCACACUGGGCAGUGACGUCAGCCAUAGAGAAGAGUAUAUUGACGCUUCUAGGACAUCCGCCACCGCCUCCACAACGUCAUCUUAUCCGACCAAUCGACAGUCUCCGACAACGUCAUCUGGACCGCCCAAUGGACAGCUUCUGCCGACAUCCGGUCAGAACAACCGAGUGACGCCUCCUGCCAAACGUCCGAAAUACGGAGUUGUUCGGGAGGGAUCUGAUCCCGAACAAACUUUUUUCAAAACUGCAUAA